GCAGGUUAAGCGUGUUUUUAAACGCAAAAAAUACGCAUAAUAUGUAAUAACAUCGAUAUUCAUCUGUAACACCCUAGCGUUUUAUCGUCCUCAUUUCCGUACUGCAGUGAAAGAAGACUAUCUCUUCGCAUAUCUUCGCAGGCAAUCCAACGCUACUUCUGGUUUUUUGGCCUCAUCUGAACUCUCUCUCUAGAAAAUCUUGCAGAACAGUUCGCAUAUCUUUGUUUUCUUCGUCGGACUCUGGCUUUAAGACAAUGAAAAUUAACAUGGAGAAGCACACAGCUUGUAGAGCAUUGACAUUGAUAAUGUCAACAUUAGAUUGCUAACUGUUACAACAAAGAAGUGACUGAAACUGAUGCAGUUGUAACCAUUAUGUCUGGAUUGAUUGAAGGCCUCCCUGAUGCCGUUGCCCUCAGGUGCCUUGCACGUGUUCCUUUCUACCUUCAUCCUAAGUUAGAGCUUGUUUCUCGUUCUUGGCGAGCUGCCAUCCACAGCCCUGAACUAUUCAAAGCCCGACAGGAGGUCAGUUCAUCAGAGGAUUUUUUAUGCGUGUGCGCAUUCGACCCUGAGAAUUUAUGGCAGCUUUAUGAUCCUCUUCGAGACCUUUGGAUCACACUACCUGUUAUCCCCUCAAAAGUCAGGCACCUUACCCAUUUUGGUGUUGUUUCCGUAGGGGGGAAGUUGUUUGUGCUUGGAGGUGGCAGUGAUGCUGUUGAUCCAUUGACAGGUGACCAAGACGGUAGUUUUGCAACUAAUGAGGUCUGGUCAUAUGACCCUGUCGCCCGGCAGUGGGCCCCACGUGCAUCCAUGCUUGUACCCCGUGCCAUGUUUGCAUGUUGUGUUUUGGAUGGUAAUAUUGUUGUUGCCGGUGGUUUCACUAGCUGCAGGAAAUCAAUAUCUAAAGCAGAAAUCUACGAUCCUGAAAAGGAUGUCUGGGUUUCAAUACCUGAUCUCCACCUCACGCACAAUACAGCAUGCUCAGGGGUGGUUAUUAGGGGUAAGAUGCAUGUCUUGCACAAGGGUUUGUCAACCGUGCAGGUCUUGGAUGGCAUGAGGCUUGGCUGGACAGUUCAGGACUAUGGUUGGCUCCAGGGUCCAAUGGCUGUGGUCCGGGGGAUGCUGUAUGUUAUGAGUCAUGGUGUUAUUUUCAAGCAGGAGCGAGAAGCCAAGAAGCUUGUGGUUUCAGCAUCUGAGUUUCGGAAUAGAAUUGGGUUUGCAAUGAUUGGGUUGGGAGAUGAUAUAUAUGUCAUUGGAGGGGUGAUAGGGCCUGAGCGAUGGAACUGGGACAUUAAGCUAAUGUCCGACGUUGAUGUUCUGACGAUUGGGAGUGAGAGACCAAGUUGGCGGCAGGUGUCUCCUAUGACAAGGUGCCGUGGAACGAUUUUUGGUUGUUCACAACUGAGAAUUUAGGUCUUCACUGAUUUGGGUGGUGAAUGUUGUUGCUUUUUUGCGAGAAUUUGUGCCCUUCUUGAAGAUUUGAUUUUCUCCUACUUGCUAGAAAGAAAGAAUGAGGUUUCUGCCAGCUACCUUUUUGUUUCUUUUUUUUUUUUGUUUGUAAACCAUAACAUCUGGCCUUGCUUUCUCUUGGAGUUAGUGGUACAUUAGAAAUGCGAAGUAUCAACAUGAACUAAAAAUUUAUUUUUUAAUUUUUAGUUAUUUAUUUAUUUAUUCAGUAGUAAUUGAACAAGAAAUUUAUUGUUUAGUCA